ACAUUUUGUUGCGAAGAUGUCUGCGUUAAACUGGAACCAAAAUUGACAGAAAUUUAAUUACUGGUAUUUAAGGUUACGGCUGUCCAGUUUUUGUAAUAAUGUGGAAACAGGCUGUCAGGAGAGAGUUGUACCCUUUGGUGGAGACACAGCUUAAGUCUCUCUUGCAGCAAACUGGCCAAUCGAAGUACACUCGACUGAUAUACUGUAAAGUAUGCCAAAGACCUUAUUCAGCCAGACUGAGUGUGCCCAAGAAAAUGAUUCCUGGGAUUCCCUACAGUAAACAGUUCAAACUGAGCAGAUCAUUCCUGGCGAAAGAGCUAUGUUGUCGAACUGUCAGUACAGAUCAAGGCGGAGCUAAAGAUGAAAACCAUAGUGAUAAAAAGACAGCGGGGACAAAGACAGCUGAAGAUGAUACUUCAGGGAGCACAGACCAAUCCCCUAAAGUGGUCAAAGUCACUGCCAAAAUUAGAAAGAAGAUUGAUUAUAACUACUCUGGUAAUAUUUUCAUCACCCCGGUCCGAGCCAUGAAUGAAUACCUGCUGUCAGCUGAUGAUUUAGACUCAUUACCUAAAUACAUGCGACGAAGUCCAUAUGAGCACAAAGCCCCGCUAACGAUGUACAUGAGGUCAGAUGUUGAGAAAAGAGCUAUGGAAAUCUGGGGAGAUGCGGAAAGAUUGGCAAGGGAGAAAACGAGGCGAUUCUACAGGGACAGCCUGAGUGGUAAAGUCUCAGUUCCUUCCCUUUCACCCGAGGACAUCUUACGCCUGAAGAUACCAGAGGAGUUGAAGAGCCGGUUAACAAUCACAGGGGACGAGAAACCGUACAUACAUGGGGAGGAUAAAGUCGCUCAGAGCAAAGAACCUUCCUUCUGGGAGACAGGGUCAGCCAGAGUUGUCAUGUAUGCCAUUUGUGUAAAUGGUGUGAACACAGUCCUGAAGCUGGUUGCCUGGCUGUACACUGGCUCCUCCAGUAUGUUCUCAGAGUUUAUUCAUUCAGUGGCAGACACUGUAAAUCAGAUCAUCCUAGGAUUUGGACUUUACCAUUCUAUUAAGAAACCUGACGCAGAACAUCCGUAUGGUUACACCAACCUCCGUUACAUCUCCUCCCUCAUCAGUGGUGUGGGCAUCUUCUGUUUCGGGACAGGCCUGUCCUGUUACCAUGGUAUCCAAGGCUUCUUGCACCCAGGGGAGUUAGGCUCUCUCAUCUGGGCUAUAGCUAUAUUGAUGGGUUCACUAGCCUCAGAGGGAGCAAGUUUAAUUGUAGCUAUAAACCAAGUCAGAAAAAGUGCUGCCGAGAAGAAAAUGAAGUUUUGGGAGUAUGUGUGGAGAGGUUAUGACCCUAAUGUGAACGUGGUACUGCUGGAGGAUUUAGCGGCUGUCAUGGGUGUGACGGUGGCAGCUAGCUGUAUGACUGUCACUCAUAUGACAGGCAACCCCUUUGCAGAUUCUCUGGGAUCUCUGCUGAUUGGUGGACUGCUAGGGGGUGUGGCCUCAUUUAUUAUCUACACCAAUACAACAGCAUUAGUAGGGAGAUCCAUUCCUCUUGUGUGGAAAAAUAACAUUAGUCAGCAGUUGGAAAGAGAUCGCAUGAUCAGGUCAUUGCAUGAUGUCAAGGCCACGGAGAUGGGAGGUCAGGUCAGGUUCAAGGCUGAGAUUGACUUUGAUGGCAGGGAGAUCACACGGGCCUAUCUUUACAAGCUGGACCUGGAGCAGUUGCUGGCUGAGAUGCAGGCCCUAAAGAAAACUGAUGAUGCAGAGCUGUUCAUGCUGGCACAUGGAGAGAAGAUCAUUGACAUGCUGGGGGAGGAAGUGGACAGGAUUGAGAAAAUCAUGAAGGAACAGUAUCCUGAACUACGACAUGUUGACCUUGAAGCUCUGUAAGGUGAAGGUCAGACAGGAAAGACUGAGGGUGGAAGAUUAUAGAAUAUGAGCUAAAUGACAUGUCAGCAUGUUGACCUUGAAUCUCUGUAAGAUGAACGUCAGAUAGGAAAAAUUGAGGGUGGAAGAUUAUAGAAGUCACGCUAAAUGAGCUCAGACAUGUUGAUCCCAUGGUACUCCAUGGAGAGAACAGACAAAAAUAUUGGAGAAAUUAUAAAGAACAACUCAUUCAUAGACAGGAGAGGAUGAGCGUGGAAGAUCAAAGACCCAUACACUGAUCCAGGGCAGUCCUGUCCCAGCUUUCAACACAGUGACAACGUGUAUUAGGUGUAAUUCCCCAUAGACCGGAGAAAAUGAUUGCGGAAGAUCACAGGCCUAUAAAUAUUUCCAAGAGAGUCUGCUCUUAUUUGCAAUGACAGUGAAUAUCAUAGACCUCUUUUAUCAAAUCCAUGACACUCUGAUCUCAUCUUUUAUUGUGGUCAGUUCUGAGGAUUUUAAGAGAUAA